GCGAAAGAAAACGCUUUAAAGUGUGGUGCGCGCGCGGCAGGCGCGUGAGCGGGUACCUACCUGCCCUCGCGUUAUCGGGCGCGGACUGGUGCGCGCGCUAAAAUAAGGGGCACGCGGCUGUAUAGCGCCGGAACGGGUUACGCGCGCAGAGGACAGAAGCGUGGCCAUCGAGAGCCAUAGUGAGUGGGUCUUCUUCAAUGACAGUGGCUCUUCCCGGAACGGACCUAAAACAGGGGUCCUUGGUUCUGCUUCGUUGACGCCGCGAGGAAUUGGUAAAGAGCUGUAAGCCGUGCAAGUUUCCAAGCUUUGAGGAUGCUGGUGGACAGCACGAAUGCUUUCACUGAUUAAUGGAGUCCAAAAGCAGAGCAACUCGUGUUCCGCUGGUGCGCUUAGACAUGGGGCGUUGAACAUGCCCUCCGUACCUGGACUGACCAGCUGCCAUCUAGACAGGAGAUCCGCCUAAGGAAUGGAACAAUAGUCUGAGCUGAUAAGCGCAGGGUCGCCUAGUCUAGCUCGCACCCCUAACCGCCCGCGCCGCCGGGCUGCCCUCCUCGUGUGCCUUGGGAAUCUGUCAGUGAAAAAAAAAGGGAGAAAAUGCCAUUCCAUCAUGUCACUGCUGGCCUUCUGUACAAGGGUAAUUACCUGAGCCGCUCCCUGUCUGAUGGAAGUGAUAGUGAGCAGUUGGCUAACAUUUCAGUGGAAGAACUGGAUGAAAUCCGGGAAGCCUUCCGUGUUCUUGAUCGUGAUGGCAAUGGGUUCAUUUCUAAACAGGAACUUGGCAUGGCCAUGCGCUCUCUGGGGUACAUGCCCAGUGAGGUGGAGCUGGCAAUCAUCAUGCAGAGACUGGAUAUGGAUGGAGAUGGCCAAGUGGAUUUUGAUGAAUUCAUGACAAUCUUGGGUCCAAAACUUUUGUCUUCCGAUACAAGGGAAGGCUUCCUUGGCAACACAAUUGACAGCAUAUUCUGGCAGUUUGAUAUGCAACGGAUAACUCUGGAAGAGCUCAAGCACAUCCUGUUUCAUGCCUUCCGGGACCACCUCACGAUGAAGGACAUAGAGAAUAUCAUAAUCAAUGAAGAGGAAAGUCUGAAUGAGACCUCUGGUAACUGUCAGACAGAAUUUGAAGGAGUGCAUUCCCAAAAGAAGAACCGGCAGACCUGCGUAAGGAAGAGCCUCAUCUGUGCAUUUGCAAUGGCCUUCAUCAUCAGUGUCAUGCUGAUUGCAGCCAAUCAGAUACUUCGUAAUGGUAUGGAAUAGACUAGCACCCAAGACCACUGUGAACUGGACCUGGAACUGCAUGUGCAUGCUAAUGGGUGAAUUCCUUUCCUUCCUUAUCAAAAAAGCAAACACACACUAGGAUGUGAACUCUACUGAUGAUUUAGCAGCUGAACAAUGUAAAGCUGAAGUACAGGAAAAUAUUUCAGGAGAAGACUGAAGCCAGCACUGCACCGCGUCUAAAUCUUUCUGGCAGGGACUCUAAAGGGCUGUCUCAAUGCUUUAAUGGUAUUUAGGGUUCUUUUUCUAAUGCAAUAAAGUACAGGAGCUCUGAAUUAUCUCUCCCAUGUUUCAUUCCAUUGAUGCUAAGUGCUAUUCAUAAAUGAAGUGAUACCUCCUCCUCCUCUGCCUUCCCUCAUCUAAUCCAUAGACAAACAGUGAAAGCCAUCUUUGUGAUGGCUUAUCAUGGGCAAUAAGGCUAUCUUGGUUUAUUGCAUACAGUCUUAAGAGUUUUCCAUUUUUUUAUUGGACAUAGCACUAACUGACAUAUUGAAGUGGAUUUCCUCACUGAAUGUAGGACUGUUUCCAUGUGCUAAAUGGUUUUCAGAAAAGGCAUCAUAAGGCGGAUGUCAGGCCUCUGCCAACACAAUCUGAUCAGUGACAUUUUGUAAUUGCUGAAAUGUAUUUUCUCAGGGUGCCAUGCAGGCAAAUAGGCUUCAUUUGCUGCUGCACUGCAUCUAACUGAACAGGAAUGGCUGACCUUGUUUGGGUACCCUUGCUUGUAGCUGCAUUUAGUGCAGUCUGGGAUUGCCAUGUGGCUGGCAGGAGCCAAAUGUGACUUGGCAGCACCAAGGAGCUAUGCUGUCAUGGCCUGUCUUGUUGCAUGGGUUCGACCUGAUCACCUACCCUGUUAGCGCACUGCUUGAGUUGCGCUCUCCUUAGAAAUUCAGUUUUCUUCUAUGGGCAUUAUAGAAUUUCCCAAGAAAACAAAAUCUGUUCUACUUUUUCAUCUUGCCAUUAAUACAGACCUGAAAUCUCUACCCUCAUUGUACUAAAUGCUUCAUCCUACAGUUUAUUAAAAGCUAUGAUCAUUUAUCUGCUCUACAAAAAUUAUACCAGUUCAGGAAUCAUUUUAUGUAAUCUGUAGUAUAAAAUGCUCCCUCUGCAGUUAUUUUAUUAAUUAUGUUUAUUGAUUUUUCAGCUUCUAUCUUCUUUGUGUUAUGGGUGUUUGUACUCGUAUACAGUAUGUGGGCUUUGCAUUUGAGUAAAGAUUUCUCCAUAGUUACCUCUGAGAAUGACACAGUGUGUGACAGUGUCACCACACAGACAUGGCAGUGGCUUUGAUGACAGCAACUCUUUUUUUGGAGCCUUGAUUUCUUAUGCAUUUGAGCCGGAGUCUUCUCUGGAGACAUGGGAUCCAGUCAGUGGGCAUCACAUAUAUAGCCAUUGUCACAGCUUGUCAUGUACAGUGCGGCUGUGUUUGUGUACCCCACCAGCGAUGGGCCACACAUCCACAUUCACCUAAACAAAUGUUAGAGCUCACAGUGCUUUUUUUUCAGUUCUGCUUUGAGAUAUUUAGCCAAUGCAAACCAUUUAUUUUCUAAAACCACUUAUCCAGAACAAGGUUAUGGGAUAAACUGGACUCUAUCCCAGCAAGCAUCAGGCGCAAGGCAGGAACAAUCCCUGGAUAGGACACCAGUCCAUUGCAGAGUGAACACACACACACACACAUAUCGGGACCAAUUCAGCAUCGCCAAUCCACCUAACCUGAGUGUCUUUGGACUGUGGUAGGAAAUGCAUUGGCACACGGAGAGUGCAUUCAAAGUCCACACAGGGAGCACCCAACAUUGCACUAUGGGACUUGCAUUUUUUAUAAUAAAUUUGUAUUUACUUAGGUAAAGUAUAUUCUGUAGUAACUUGGACAUGCAUAAUACUACUGCAAUCAUAGUUUUGGAGCACUGGCAUCCUCAGGGUCACACAAUGUGACUGAGCUUUGAAGCAGCGACCUUGUAGCCUACUGCCAUCAUCACCAGCCAGUUGACUCUAUUCUCCUGUUAUUUGAUAUUCUUAGCUCUGCUUAUCAGACUUUCACCUCCACCAUCCGUGUUUGUUGGCAAUGCCUACUGGAGUGCAGGCCUUGUAUGUAAACCCCACCGCUAACUGCCACCUUCAGUUAAUUGGACAUAUAAAUAUUAGACAUAAACAUUUCAAGAAUACCAUUAGUAAGGUUUUUUUGAUUAUUAAAUUAUAUUAACCUACUUACCCAUGUCAAACUCACAAGGAGUUGGGGUCUUUUUCAGAUACCAUGAAGCAAUACAUGCAGGCAUGGUGUAAGAAGGCAGCAGUGUCACAUUUAUUGGAUGGCACAGCCUUGAUACACAUCUUGUGGAUUACAUAGCAAUAACUGUUGUGUAGCCUUUGUCAAGCUUCCUCGGCUUCCUCAGUUCACAAGACCAAAGACGUGCAAAAUGUUAGGAGGUGGGCCUGUUGCAGAUGAACCAUCAUCUAGUCUCCAUGUCACUACAAUAUGCUGGUUUACUUGACAUGAAUUGGCACGAUGGCUUCCCUGCUGGUGGAGCCUGGGUUUGAACUUGUCUUGUUGAACUGGUUUUCUCCAGGUGCUCUGGUUCUCCUGUUACAUGCCAAAGGCCCUGUCCAGUGUAGGUGGUGUAUGUGAGUGGGUCCACUGCUGGGAAAGCCACUGCCUGCCCUAUAAGACAUACAAAUCAGAAAGUUGGAUGAUUUUCUCUUGGUUUAUUGUUUUUUUCCAUUAUUAAUUUUUAUCAGUUGAUGAUUAAAACUAGUUUUAUAUAGUUGACUGAAAUUAUGAAAAUAUAUCCAUUUUCCAAAUCCAAAUCCAUUUUCCUGAGGAGGGUUGUGGGGUAGCUCAAACUUAUCCCAGCAAACAUAGAUUGCAAGGCAGGAACGACACCUGCACAGGUCACCAGUCCAUUGCAGGGUGUAACACACACAUAAACACACACUUUUUUCCACUGACUUUGGAGAUUUUAACGCAGGGUGGAUCUGCAGCAUCACUGUACAUCUUUUAUUUUCAUGGGGACUUUAUUUGUGCAUUCUGGUCACAAAGUUAAGCUUAAUCAAAACAUGAGAACAUUCACACGCAUGCACAUGAACACACACACACAUACAUGCAAUAGGGAAAUGUGGGAAAAUAAUUCAAAAGCAAGGCAUCACUUCUAAAAUGGGGUUUUCAGCACUCGCACAUGACCAGCUUUGCUAUCCAUCGAUGAUUCCUUUUGACUGAAGAGCAGACACUUCUUACCAACAUGUUCACUUGGUGGCUGUCUGACAUUAUAAACUGAUUUUCUUCAUUCAUUUUGCAUGUCUUUUAUUCUGCCCUUGUUUUACUUUUCAUGCCACAAUUACAAAAGUGUAUUUCUGACAGCUUUAUUUGCAGAUGAUACUUCUGAAUUCCUGUAUAAACACAAAGUAGUGUUAUGCCUUUUCUAUGGACUGCUUAUAUAAGAUGCAUGUCGUUCAUGAACUGAUGUAUAUACUAAAUACUGUACAAAGUAUAGCUAAUGGUGUUGUAGUUGCAUGAUGUUUUAAUGGUUCUGAUAGGUCGGGGUGCACUGGGCUGCUGGCUCACAAUCUGGGCCCCGGUGUGGAGUGCAAAUUAUGAAUAAAAAUUUUGAUUAGGAAUGGCAGGCCCUCUUCUGAUGAUUCUGACUGAACUCUCGCUGAUUCUCCAUGCUGGCCUGAACCUUUUGGGAUUGUUGUCCAACACUGCACUCUGCUGGCUAAGACAAUUAUUACAAUGCUAGUAGUCAAAUCAGGCCAACAAGAAAAAUCCAUCAGAGAAGGUCAGAUUAGAUUAAACCAAAAUGGGCCUCACAACAACAAAAAGGGGGGCACCUAGAAAACCUCUUUGCAAUGGUGCCAGGGGACUGCAGACGAGAUAAGUAUAUUUAAUCCCCUUGACUUUAUUUAGAGUGGCCAGUUAACCCAGCAUGCCCUUGUGAAGAAGAAAAUAACCAAGCCAGGAGCUGGACCUGUGAGGCAGCAGCACUAACCAGUGUGCCACUUCAAAGCGGCCAUUCCGAUAUCCCAGGUGGAUAAACACCACCUCCUUUUAAAUAUCUGCCUGUGUCCCAAAAAUCUCUUAAAGUGAAGCAGGCCCUUUCAGAACUUUCACAUUAUUAUUAGUAAUUAUUUAGUAAAUUACAGGGGGUUUUAAACAUAAUAAUGUCAGUAGGCGCAGAUAAUCCUGGGGUCUUUGUGGGUGACAUGACCUUCAUAUUAAGCACUGGUUGAUUAGAAUGUAGCCACACUGCAUUGUAAAAAUGAAUGUAUAUAACUAAAUGAUGUAUAUUCCGAAUAUGUGUAUACAGGUAUGUGUGUAUUUAGGCGAUGAGCGAGAGGGCGCAACCAAUCAGAGAUGGCAGGCACAGUCACACGGAGCCAAACAGCAAUUGUAAAUAUCUUCUCUGUAAAAAGACAAUGCAAUUUAUGCAAUAAAUACACCAUUUGUAACAAUGUU